UUUUCUUUGGGUCGGUGGCGCAGGCGCAGUGCGGGCAGAGGGGGCUGGCAGGACUGGCAGGGCAGAGAACCUGGGAAGAUCAAAAUAAAAAGCUGCUUACGGAUUUUGGACGCUUUUUGGGUUAGUAUUUUGCCUGCCCAACGAAGAUGUCAGCGGAAAUACCACUAAACAUUAAUAUAAAGGAACCGCGGUGGGAUCAAAGCACCUUUACCGGAAGAGCCAAUCAUUUUUUUACUGUCACCGACCCCAGGAAUAUUCUUUUAACUAACGAGCAGCUAGAAAAGGCAAGACAAAUAGUGCAUGACUACAGGCAAGGAAUCGUACCCCAUGGACUUACUGAAAAUGAGCUAUGGAAAGCAAAAUAUGUCUACGAUUCAGCCUUCCACCCUGAUACUGGUGAAAAGAUGAUUUUGAUAGGAAGAAUGUCAGCUCAGGUUCCAAUGAACAUGACCAUCACAGGCUGUAUGAUGACUUUUUAUAGAACGACUCCGGCAGUGGUUUUCUGGCAGUGGGUUAAUCAGUCCUUCAAUGCUAUUGUAAAUUACACGAACAGGAGUGGAGAUGCCCCUCUCACUGGGAGUCAACUGGGAACAGCCUAUGUUUCUGCCACUACAGGUGCUGUAGCCACUGCUCUGGGACUUAAUGCGUUAACUAAGCGCGUCUCACCCCUCCUAGGACGUUUUGUUCCUUUUGCUGCUGUAGCUGCUGCUAACUGCAUUAACAUCCCAUUAAUGAGGCAAAGAGAACUCAAAGUUGGGAUUCCUGUCACAGAUGAAAAUGGAAAUCGAUUGGGAGAGUCAGCCAAGGCUGCUCAACAAGCCAUUACACAAGUUGUUGUCUCAAGGAUCCUCAUGGCAGCCCCUGGCAUGGCCAUUCCACCGUUUAUCAUGAAUACUCUGGAAAAGAGAGCCUUUCUAAAGAGGUUCCCCUGGAUGAGUGCCCCUAUUCAAGUUGGAUUGGUUGGCUUCUGUUUGGUGUUUGCUACACCUCUCUGCUGUGCACUGUUUCCUCAGAAAAGUUCCAUGUCAGUGAAACAUUUGGAGCAGGAGUUGCAAGACCAGAUCCGAGCGGCCCGGCCUGAUUUGGAGCGUGUGUACUUUAACAAGGGGCUGUAAAUUGGGGGCCAGGCACUGCCCAGCAUACAAGAGUUCUGUCUGUUCUGGGUGCUUAAAUCUAAACUAUUUCCAAGACAUUCACAUUUAUGUUAAAAAAAUAAGGCUGUUGCUAGCAAUUAUGCCUUCAAUCACAAGACCCUAGUCCCAUUGGGCCACAAUUUUAGAAUGAAAAUUAACGGUCCAGAUUUAAAGCAGUGAAUGAAAAUAAUUAAAAGAACCUGAGGCCUAAUUUACAUCUCCUUUGCUGUUAAUCAGCAGGGGGAAAUCUGCCAAGAUGAGAAUUGUGGGAUCAGAUAUUUAUUUUUCUUUUAAAUACUACUUUUCUAGACAGGGCAGAUCGUAAUUUUUUUUUUUCUUCCCUCAAAGGUGCUUAGGACAGAGAUCCUUACACCAUGCUAUUCUUUCCAAAAUAAGAAAGUAAUUUUAAAAGAGGCUUUCCCUUUCUAGGAAUUUUCCCUCUUAGGAUAAUCCUUGAAGGGGUAAUUUUCUUUUGGUGGUUGUCGUAUUUGUCUUCUAUCCCUAUGGAGUCACCAGCUUUCUCUUUGGGAUAUUGAUUUUUGUUUUGAAUUCCCCUGAAGAUUUUAAAUACCAUGACAAUGAAUUCUUUCCAGGUGUUUAAAUGAUAUUCAGCAUCAGUGUUGUAUUUGCUGCAUUUAAUCAAGUUAGCGCCUUGUUUUCUAAAGUGAGUGUUACAGCCAAAAUUUGUCUAGAUACCUUUUUCCCCUGAUUCUAUAUUCCUUUUGCCUUUUUUUGGAAAAGCACAAAGGGAACAUAUUGUGUUUAAUAAUCAGUAACUACACACACACACACACAUAUUACUUGAAUGUCUUCUACAUUCCGCAUUUUGGGUAUCUCCAUAUACGUGCCACUUUGUUUACACCAUCAUUGACUAUUUAGUAUACAAUAUAUUUAAUAUAAUAGAUUAAACUUCAAAUGUUUUGGAUGUAAGUAAAAUAGAAAAUGAUUGAGAAUUUUCUUGCUAGUAGAUCACUGUUGUGCAGAGACUAUAUUCUGAGAGCUAUUGAAAAAUAUUAAGAAAGGUUGAUGGAGCAGAUAUUGUUUGCCUGUGGGAGGUGAUUUUCUUUUUCCCCAAGGAUGAAGAUUGGUACGUGUUUGUGUUCACAUUUUAUCUGAAAGGAUUAAAAGAUCUGAAGCUUAUCCUCCAUUCCUGCACAUACACAAUGCCUUCACCUUGUCUCUUGGUCAUUCCCAUUUGGGGGGAGCUGGUGAAGUGGCUUUCCUGGGAUAUUCCGACCCUAAAUUCCUCUUAGGGUAAGAAUUGUUUCUGUAUAGAAAGAACUGAAAACCUAGAAUUCACUAAAAAGUCCCUGGAGUGUGACCUUAAAAGACCUUUAGGAAUAUAGUCAUGGCCAGGCCUCAUUCCAGGGAAGACAGAGGCAUGUCUUGAGAACUUGAUUUUAAAGGAAUUUCUUUCCGUUCUCAGUUUUCCAUAGAGCUCAGUUGAUCUAGAAAAUCUUACUCUUGGAUCAUAAUUUUUAAAAGUCUAAGUAAUGAAUUAAGUGUAUUUCACACAACAGAUUGUCUAAAGGCAGAUUAAAUUAUGUGCAUCGAGAAUCAUGACCAAAGCUGAGGUUACAUAUAUUUAUGCAGCCAUGAUAUUUUUAUCCUUAUUUUUUUAUCUUGUUCACUGAAGCUUCAGUCUAUUAAUGCUUUUCUACAGAACUAUUCUGAUCAGUUUCAUGGUAUUAUUAAGAAGAGCAAAUGAGCAAAGAUCAGGCAAUUUAUUACUGAUCUUAGACAUAGAAUGCCUUUAAAAAAAAAAAAUCCAGGUAAAGUGCAAUAAGUUCUUAAAACAAAGUAGGUAUUAAUAUUUCUAUUUGUCUAAGAGGAAUAUGACUAAGUGGUACAGUGAAUUCAUUUUUAAUUUCAGUAUUAGAACAAUGUCUUGCCAGUGUUGAUGGAGUUAAUGUGCUAUUUCAGUUGAACUGGAUAAAAUAAACUGAUUGAAAUGAACGUGAA